CCGGUUGCAUUCUGGGGAAGGGCAGUUUCCGUUAGGUGCUGGAGGCUGAGGCGCGCGACCGGCCGCAGUCCCACGUGAAGCGCGACGCGAGCAGCGGUCGGCGGGUCGCUCCCCGCUCGCCGCGGAGCGUCCAGGAAGCUGCGGGGAACCGGAAGUGGCCCGCGGCGGCUCAGAAGCUGAUCCCGGAGCCUGGUGCGAGGCGCCUCGGAGCGCAGCGACGGCGCCAUGUCCCUGAUCUGCUCGAUCUCCAAUGAAGUGCCGGAGCACCCGUGUGUGUCCCCCGUCUCUCAUCAUGUCUACGAGCGGCGGCUCAUUGAGAAGUAUAUCGCAGAGAAUGGCACAGACCCCAUCAACAACCAGCCUCUGUCUGAGGAGCAGCUCAUCGACAUCAAAGUUGCUCACCCAAUCCGGCCCAAGCCUCCGUCGGCCACAAGCAUCCCGGCCAUUCUGAAAGCCUUGCAGGAUGAGUGGGAUGCGGUCAUGCUACACAGCUUCACUCUGCGCCAGCAGCUGCAGACAACCCGCCAAGAGCUGUCCCACGCUCUGUACCAGCACGAUGCCGCCUGCCGUGUCAUUGCCCGUCUCACCAAGGAAGUCACUGCCGCCCGAGAAGCUCUGGCUACCCUGAAACCGCAGGCUGGUCUCAUCGUGCCCCAGGCUGUGCCAAGCUCCCAGCCCAGUGUCGUGGGUGCAGGUGAGCCAAUGGAUUUGGGCGAGCUGGUGGGAAUGACUCCCGAGAUUAUCCAGAAGCUUCAAGACAAGGCCACUGUGCUAACCACGGAGCGUAAGAAGAGAGGGAAGACUGUGCCUGAGGAGCUGGUGAAGCCAGAAGAGCUCAGCAAGUACCGGCAGGUGGCAUCCCACGUGGGCUUGCACAGCGCCAGCAUCCCCGGGAUCCUCGCUCUGGACCUCUGCCCCUCCGACACCAACAAAAUCCUCACUGGUGGGGCGGAUAAAAAUGUUGUUGUCUUCGAUAAGAGUUCUGAGCAAAUCCUGGCCACCCUCAAAGGCCAUACCAAGAAAGUCACCAGUGUGGUGUUUCACCCUUCCCAGGAGCUGGUGUUCUCUGCCUCCCCAGAUGCCACCAUCAGGAUCUGGUCGGUCCCGAACGCGUCUUGCGUGCAGGUUGUUCGGGCCCAUGAGAGCGCUGUGACAGGCCUCAGCCUCCACGCCACUGGCGAUUAUCUCCUGAGCUCCUCUGAUGACCAGUACUGGGCCUUCUCUGACAUCCAGACGGGGCGUGUGCUCACCAAGGUGACCGAUGAGACCUCUGGCUGCUCUCUCACCUGUGCGCAGUUCCACCCUGAUGGACUCAUCUUUGGAACAGGAACCAUGGAUUCCCAGAUCAAGAUCUGGGACUUGAAGGAGCGCACCAACGUGGCCAACUUCCCUGGCCACUCAGGCCCCAUCACCAGCAUUGCCUUCUCUGAGAAUGGCUACUACCUGGCUACAGCGGCCGACGACUCCUCUGUCAAGCUCUGGGAUCUGCGCAAGCUUAAGAACUUUAAGACAUUGCAGCUGGAUAACAACUUUGAGGUGAAGUCACUGAUUUUUGACCAGAGUGGUACCUACCUAGCCCUUGGGGGCACGGAUGUGCAGAUCUAUAUCUGCAAACAGUGGACGGAGAUUCUUCACUUCACAGAGCACAGCGGCCUGACCACAGGGGUGGCCUUUGGGCACCACGCCAAGUUCAUCGCCUCCACAGGCAUGGACAGGAGCCUCAAGUUCUACAGCCUGUAGGCCCUGUCCCUUCUGUCGGGAGCUGGGCCUCGUCUCAGUAGUGGGGUAGAGUUAGGGUCGGGGUGGGGGGAGGGAGGGGAGAGAGACUACUGGGGGGAGGGGGGUCUCUGGGGGGACACUCACAUCAUUUCACUCUGGUCUGGGUGGGGGCCUGAGAGCCACGGCGGCGGGGCCACCCUCGUACAGCCUCCGACGGGAAUGGACAUGGGAGGCAGAGCUGCCCCCCUGUGAAGGCUCAGGGUCGGAGCCCAGGGCUCUCCCCUCGCGUCAGUCAUCGAGUUGGUGGUGGUGGCCGUUCCACGCCCACCGUGUUCCAGUUCUCGGGAGACGGAGGCUGAGCCAAGGGAACUGUGAAGCGGGUGGGCAUGAGGGCUCACGCAGGUUUUGUAAGCAGUGAUAUAGUUUCAUUAAAAAAAGAAAAUAACCACA